ACAAGCCUUCCUCAUUUUGAAUUUUCCACCAAAGCUUAGAUGAGUAGGCUUCCUCCAUAGUAGCCAGAUUCUUGAUGCUAAGAUUGCCAGCAUCCUUUGGGAGGCAAAGUUUAGUCCAGCCUCUCCAGUGAUAUUUGGGCCAACCAUUUUGUUGGCCCCAAAAGAAAUUAGCCAUCCUUGCGUUUAGAGAUUUGUGAAUGCUUUUGGGAAGGGUAUUGACUGCCAGGAUGUGCAAGGGAAUAGAAGAUAGGACGUGUUUGAUCAAGAUAAGACGCCCCAUCUGGUUGAGAGUUUUGCUGUACCAGGAUGAGAGGUGCUUGUCAAAGUGGUCCAGCAGUGUUUGUCAAAGCGGCUUUGGCGGUGGCAUGGAAAAUAUUGAAGUGGUUAUGGUUAGAGCCAAAAGCGUUGGAGAAGAAACUGAGAAAAGAGGGGUUCCGUGGCAACCCUUACAGCCCGCCUUUGGGAGACCUCAAAGAGACCCUCUCGUUGAUGGAAGAAGCCAAUUCCAAGCCCAUCAGUUUCACCCACAACACUUUGCCCAGACUUGCCAUUCCUUGACAAAAAACCAUCACCAAAUAUGGAUGGAUACCCUAACCGACGAUGCCAAUCUUGAGAGGAAAGCACAUGUGAUCGGGCAGAAGGUGAAGACACGACAUGGAAAGAAUGCCUUUAUGUGGAUGGGGCCAACACCAGAGGUACUAAUUAUGGAACCUGAAAUGAUUAGGGAGAUAUUCUCCAAACACACGCCCUUUCAAAAGCCUCCAAGUAACCGAGUGAUUAAGUUGUUUGCCCAAGGAGUAGCAAUGUACGAGAAAGACAAAUGGGCUAAGCAUAGAAAGCUUCUCAAUCCAGCCUUUCACAUGGACAAGUUGAAGCAUAUGGUACCAUCAUUUUAUGUGAGUUGUUUGGAGAUGCUAAGCAAAUGGGACAACAUCAUUGGAACAGACGAAUUUGACUUGAACGUAUAUCCUUAUCUUAAAGCACUCACAGCUGAUGCAAUUUCUAGAGCUGCUUUUGGAAGUAGCUAUGAUGAAGGAAGAAAGAUAUUUGAACUUCAAAAAGAACAAGGAGAGCUGGCUAUUCAAGUGGCUCGCUCUCUAUAUGUUCCUGGUAUGAUAUUUCUACCAACAAAGACCAACAUGAGGAUGAAGCAAAUAUUUAACCAAGUGAGAUCUCUGAUACUAGGCAUUAUUGAUAAAAGAAUCAAAGCAAUGGAAGAAGAGGGAGCUAGAAGUGACGACUUGUUGGGUAUAAUGCACUUAGACUGGCAAGAACGUGCUCGAGAAGAGGUUAUUCAAGUCAUUGGUAUAACUCAAGAGCCUGACUUUGUGAAGUUAAAUCAACUCAAAAUUGUAACUAUGAUCUUGAACGAGGUUUUGAGGUUGUAUCCACCGGGGAUUAUGUUUGGUCGAAUGCUUCAAGAAGAUACCAAGUUGGGAAACAUGACUUUACCGAGUGGAGUCCAGCUGAUAAUGCCACUUAUUCUUUUGCAACAAGAUGAGGAAAUGUGGGGUGUGGAUGCAAAGGAUUUCAACCAUGAGAGGUUCAGCGGAGGAAUUAGUAAUGCAACCAAAGGAAAAUUUUGUUUCUUCCCAUUUGGAUGGGGACCUCGGAUAUGCAUUGGGCAAAACUUCUCCAUGUUAGAGGCCAAGAUGGCUUUCAGUAUGAUUCUACGCCACUAUGCUUUUGAGUUGUCCCCAUCUUAUGCUCAUGCUCCUCAAACUGGAACAACUCUUCUUCUUCAAUAUGGUGCUCAGUUAAUUCUUAGAAAAAUAAGAGAAUAAUAAGACGGAGACCUGCUAACUUUUAUGCAUAAUCACGUACUAAAACUUAUAGUAAAUAAGAAAUUUAUACCUUUCUCCGUAAGCGGUAAAAACGAAGAAAUCGUAGGAAGAGCGUUGAAAGUGCAAACGUAACCGUUCAAGCGUCCGGUCUCCAACUUUGACACACGAACAACACCGGAGUCUACCACAAUCUUUAUGCUAGUAAAGAUUAUAGUAGUAUAAAAUAUAAAGAUUAAAAUUUGGGAUAAUAA